UAUAAAAUGCAUUUGAUGACCAAUUUGUUAUUUCAAUAAAAUGAAUGUGUAGGGUUAAAAUGUAUGCCUAGUUAUAGCAUAUAUAUAUUCCUUCUAUUUUUUCCAUAUUGAACACGGUAUCUACACAUAUAUAAUCAUUUUAUUCAUCCAAGUAGGACCUCAUUGUUCUUCACAUCGAAUAAGAUAACUUGGAAGAUUCAGAUUGUAUAUUGUGAUAUUAAUCCAUCAAUAGUAGGAAUAUAAUUUAUGAUGAAGGCCAACGAAUAAUGAAAGCGGCAGCCACAAAUUAUAGAGCAAAAAGAAAACUUCAUUAUCGUUUGGAGAAAAUAUAAUCGUUACUUUAAUUUUUUUGUAUCCAAACCUCCAAAAAAUAUCUAUCUAAUAUAAACUCUUGAAAAAAAAGGAAUUAUAUUUGAAUAUGAUGAUUCAUCCACUAGUUUAGUAAAAAUAAAUGAUAAUAUUAACCACUUCAUGAGCCGUUAAAGCAACCACUUUCCUUUUUCCCGUCACAUUAUAACCAACAAUUCAAUAAUAAUAUUGCAGUUUCACCUUUUGUGUGCACAUUUGUAGAACUAAUAGGUCUCCUUAAUUGUAAAUCCACCAUACAAAAUACAACUUUCUAAAAUGAAGGUUCAAACUCGAAUCAUGUAAAAAAUAAAAAGUUCAUCGAAACCACAAAAACAAAUUUAUAAUAUUUGAAAACAAGUAAAUCUUGAAAGUAAAGUUGAUAGAAUUAUGAACAUGGAAGAAGAUCAACGACCAUGGGAUAAUAUAUGUCCAUAUCUCUUGGAUUCCAUCUACAACAGACUCUCGUCUCAUGUCGACGGUACUCACUUCGGCGACGUAUGUAAGAACUGACACCAAGUUCACUCUCACAUCACCCUUUCCAAUCCCCGACCUGUGUUGAUCAGCCCUGCAAAAUUGUCCAGCUCUAUGUCAUCCAAGUGCGAGAGGGUAAUCGGCUUGUCCUCCAACGUCGUAAAUCUCAAAUUCCAUAUGAGCUUGCAGGUAAAGACAUAACAAUCCUCGGGAUGGCAGGUGCGUGUUUUUUUUUUUUAUAAAAGUGCAUGAUGCUUUUUUGGACUGGUACAAUCCUCUACUCCGAAGUCCUGCAAACUACAUACGUCUUCCGAACCCGAGUUGGCGUUUUUCUUCCUAGGACAACCAUUACAGACCUGACACAAUACUCAAAUUUGCUUUCUCGGCGCUACCCACUGCUCAGGACUCAGCGGUCCUCGUGGUGCAUGGUGACCGCUACCUCUGCAUGUUUCGUCGUGAAAACAAUGGCGAAUUUGAGCAAAAAACAUACGAUUUCUCCUUGGGUGGGAAAAAAAGACAAAUAUGUCUUGGCGUGGGCUAUAAAGACGGUAGAUUCUUAUAUUUAUUUGAAAUGGGGGAUAUAUUGAUUUUCAGCAUCAACAAUAAUGAGACCAGGAUGUUGCUGGCGGCGACUAAGCCUCUGCUUCCUGAACAACUCCAUCGAUGGGACAAUUUGCGUGUAGUGGGGGUGGUGGUGGCAAAAAAAGUCACGAAUGCAAAUGAUCAAUACCAGGAGGUAGAAGAGGUGUUAGGGUUUAGGCUGGUCACUCAUUGGAAGCGAGAUUGUGAGGGGAGCUUUCGGCUUGUAGCAGUGGAGGAAAAUGUUAUGAUGGUCGCCGAUCUGUUACUGGAGAAUAAGGACGGUGAUGACGUAUGGCAACAGUAGAACAACAGGAGUGAUUUUAGUGAAAGAUCGGUUGUCAUUGAAGAGGACUUUCGACAUAUAUUACAGUUACAUACUAUUUGUUCUUUUACACAUACUUGUCUUUUUUUGUUUGGAUAAUCUCUUUGUUUAGAACUUAAAGUAAUGGAGGGUACACAUGAUAUAAUCUGUGUUAUUAUUAUUACUUAUUAUUAUCUAUCUAUCAAUCUAUAUCUUCUAUCUAUUUAUCUACCUAUCUAUUUAUAUCUAUCUAUCUAUAAAUCUACACAUAAUAUAAUACACCGAAGGGAAAAACGGGGGCCCCAUUUCAAAUUUCCUGCAACGAGAGUGAAAGUAGGAAGGACAUUUUGGUCUUCACACUUACUUUUUUUAAUUCAUUAAAAAAACACGUAGUGGGAUUUGAACCAUGACCAUUUUAAGGAAAAGUAAGGAUCAUAACCAAUCACACUAAAUACAUUUGUUGUAUCUUUUUAAAUUAAAAAGAUAUAAUAGCAGAGAGGAAAAAACCCUUCCCCCAUUUCAAAUUUCCUGCUCCAGGAGCGUUUGUAGGAAUGAUAGAAUAGGGAGUGUCAAUUUUUUCCUCUUUCCUCUGUAGAACGGGCCAACUUACCGUACACAUGCGGAUUUAAACGGGUUCAAGAGUGUCAAUUUUUUCAUUAAGCCCUUUUAUUUCUCCGUGGUGAUAAAAUAUAUAUGAAGAGGCAAAAACAAUACUUCUUUUUAUUGCUAAAAAUAAAAAAUUUAACAAUAAACUAAUGCAUGGUAUCUAAUGGGCUAACCGCUAAACAUAAAAUAAAAGAGGUGAAUUGGUUUGACCUACACGGGAUUUGGCCAUCAAGUAAAACAAAUGAACAUCAUUGGUUUGACAUUCUAAAACAAGCUAUUUUCUCUGGCAUAAUAUAUUAUGCUAUUAUUUUAUAUCUUAGUGGCUAAAAUAUAAUGUAUUUUAAAGUUAUUCAAUGGUUCAACCUCGACCAACCCAAUUAGUCCAAUUUUUAUCAUUUCAAAUAUAUAUUAUAUAAUUAUUUGAUAUCAUAAUGAUCAAAUCAUAGUGUAUUUUAUAGGGAAUCGUUUGGUAUUUGUUAGUAAAAAACUAAACAGAAAGAUCUAUUUGGUUAUUUUAAACAUUAAAACGAUCCUAACAUUUUCAGUUCCUUUUGAAUUUCUAUGGUUUUAUUCCCGAAUAAGUGAUGUGCAAAUGGCAGUCAUCUCUUUUCUUUCACUAUUUUUUAUUUUCAAAUAAAAAGUUUAAAAGUAAAGAAUAAUUAGAAUUUGGCAUGGGUCGGUCAAACAGGCUGCAUUUCAAGUUUUGGCCCCUUUUGAUCAAGUCUAAUUUAUAAUCACAUGGUUCCCUGAUACCCGAUAAAAAUCUCAAUCCAAACCAGUUUGGCAGGUGAGUCCGUGUUUACCACCAUUUUCUAGGGAUAUGACAACGACGGUUCCUAUCCCAAAUCGUGUUGUUCGUUCUUGAUUUCCUUAGAUUUUAUCAUAGCCUGAAAAAAACCAGAAAGCACAAUGACGACAAGAUGAAAGUUUUAUAAACCAAAUUAAUCGGCCAACGGGCCGAGUAAAAGCUAGCAACGAUUGUGAGAUGCUCAUUUCCCGAAAACCGACGGGAUAGGCGAUUUUUUAUUCGAUUUUCUGGAAUUCAGUUUCUAUAAAACUUACUCCACCUCAUCAUAUUACCAGAAACAAUAUUGUUUCACAAGGUAACAGGUACUUGAUUUUGGUUCAUAAGGCCGAUUUUUGAUUUGUUGCAUCAUUAAUGUCUCUUUCCUGCUAAAAUUCACUAUUUUUAUCACGUGUUUCCCAAAAAAACUAUACAACAAUAAGUUAUACACCCUAUUACAUUAUCAAAUUUCAUACCUCACCUUCCUCUAGGGAUGGAAACAAAACCCGAACCCACGGGUACCCACCCGACCCAACUUGGUCAACGCGGGUAAAAUCCGUGUUGACGGGUUUUGGGACGGGUUUGGGUUUAAACCCGUUCAAUAUUCAUCGGAUUGGGUUGGGUUUGGGUUUAGGUAAACCCGACCCAUGGGUACCCGCCCACACCCAUAUAAUUAAUUUUCUCGAUAUAUUUAAUAUUCUAAACAACUUAUCUUAUUUAUGUUUGUGGAGACAUGUCUAAUUUUUUCUUUCUAAUUGUGUAGAAUGAAGUUGAUGUCAUCGAGUGGAGAGUGAAGAAACUUAAUUGAAAGGAAGAAGCUUUCAAUUAAUCAUGUUAUUUAUGGAUAAUUUGUUAUUUGCUUGAAUUUUCUAGAAUGGUAUUUUAUAUAUGGAUAAUUUGUAUUGAGAGAUUGAUAUUUGACUUUAAUUUUGAUAGGAACUUGUUAUUGUAAAAUUUUUAAGACAAAAACCUGUGGGUACCCAUGAACCCGCAGAUACCCAGUGGGUUGAGUUGGGUUUGAGUUUUUCAAACCCAGUGGAUUUUACCCCGAAUUUUUUUCACGGAUAAACCCAUGAAUUUGGAUUUGAAUUUGGCAAAACCCGACCCAACCCGACCCAUUGCCAUCCUACCUUCCUCCGGCCAACUGGCCGGGGCCCACACUAGUAUAUAAAAGGGUUUAUAAAAAUGCCCUCCUCCACGAGGUGAGACACCAUCACUUCCCCCAAGGGGUUGUGAGUUUCACAACCAAGGGCAACUUGGAUAGUAAAAAAAAAAUUAAUUAAUUACUUUCACUACCACUAGAGACUAACACAAAAAAAACAAUAUGUAAUUCGAAAAUCACAUAUCUGGAGAAAAAAAAAAGGAUGAUGAAAAGAGGAGAUUGUGAUCUUGCGACGGAGACCUCGUGGCGGUGGUGAUGGGAGGCAGAGGAAUGAGGGACGGAGGGCGCGACAGGGGGUGAAGUGACCUUCCGAUAUCUAAGUAGAUAUGCAUUAACUUCACAAGUAAAUAAACUAACACAUACCAUCAUAUUAUAAAAUGCAUUUAAUGACAAAUUUUUUAUUUUAAUAAAAUGAAUGUGUAGGGUUAAAAGGUAUGCCUAGUUAUAGCAUAUAUAUUCCUUUUAUUUUUCCGUAUUGAACAAGUAUCUACACAUAUAUAAUCUUUUUAUUUUUCCGAGUAGGACCCCAUUCUUCUCCACAUCGAAUAAGAUAAUUUAGACUGCUCGAGAAUAAGAUAACUUAGAAGAUUCAGAUUGUAUAUUGUGAUAUUAAUCCAUCAAUAGUAGGAAUAUAAUUUAUGAUGCAAGGCCAACGAAUAAUGAAAGCAGCCGCCACAAAAUUAUUGAGCAAAACAAGACUUCAUUCUCGUUUGGAGAGAUUAAAUUUUUUGUAUCCAACCUCCAAAAAAAAUCUAUCUAAUAUAAAAUCUUGCAAAAAAAAUUGUUUUUGAAUAUGAUGAUUCAUUUCCUAGGUUAGUAAGAAUAAAUAAUAAUAUUGACCACUUCAUGAGCCGUUAAAACAUGCACUUUCCUUUCUUCCCGUCACAUUAUAACCAACAACUCAAUAAUAAUAUUGUAGUUCCACCUUUUGUGUGCAUAUUUGUAGAACUAACAAAUCUCCUUGAUUAUAAAUCCACCAUACACCAUACAACCUUUUAAAAUGAAGGCUCAAACUCGAAUCAUGUACAAAAAUGAAAAUUUCAUCGAAACCACACAAAAGAAUCUAUAAUAUUUGGAAACAAAAAAUCCUGAAAGUAAAGUUGAUAAAAUUAUGAACAUGGAAGAUGAUCAACGACCAUGGGCUGAUAUAUGCCCAUAUCUCUUGGAUUCCAUCUAUAACAGACUCUCAUCUCACAUCGACGGUACUCACUUCGGCGACGUAUGCAAGAACUGGCACCAAGUUCACUCUCACAUCGCCCUUUCCAAUCCUCGGCCUGUGUUGAUCAACCAUGCGAAAUUGUCCAGCUCGGACGUCAUCCAAGUGCGGGAGGGGAAACGACUUGUCCUCAAACGACGUCGUGAAUCUCAAAUCCCAUAUGAGCUUACAGGUAAAGACAUAACAAUCCUUGGGAUGGCGGGUGCGUGGUAUUUUAUAAAAGUGUGUGAUGCUUCUUUGGGCUGGUACAAUCCUCUACUCCGAAGUCCUGCAAACUACAUCAGGCUUCCCAAUCCGAGUAGGUGUUUUUCUACCUACGACGACCAUUACAAACCUGACACAGUACUCAAAUUUGCUUUCUCAGCGCUGCCCACUGCGCAGGACUCGACGAUCUUCGUGGUGUAUGGCGACCGCUAUCUCUGCAUGUUUCGUCGUGGAAACUAUGAUGGAUUUGUGCAAAAAACAUACGAUUUCUCCUUGGGUGGCAAAAAAGGACAAACAUGUCUUGGCGUGGGCUACAAAGACGGUAGAUUCUUUUGUUUAUUUGAAAUGGGUGAUAUGUUGAUUUUCAGCAUCAACGAAAAUGAGACCAGAAUGUUGUUGGCGGCAACUAAACCUUUGCUUCCAGAACAACUCCAACGAUGGGAUAGUUUGAGUGUAGAGGCGUUGGUGUUGGCAAAAAAAGCCACAUCUGUAAAUGAUCGAUACCAUGACCAUGAGGUAGAAGAGGUGAUGGGGUUUAGGCUGAUCACUCAUUGGGAGCGAGAUCGUGAGGAGAGCUUCCUACUUGUAGCAGUGGAGGAAAAUGUUUUGAUGGCCACCGAUCUGUUACUGGAGAGUAAUAACAGUGAUGACAUAAAGGGCAACAGUAGAACAACAAGAGUGAUUUUAGUGAAAGAACGGUUACCAUUGAAAAGGAUUGUCGACGAACAUUAUAUUGAUACACUGUUUUUUAAUUUUUCCAUAUUAAUCUGGUUUUUUUCUUUUCUUUAUCUUUUUGAUAAAUUGGUCUUUUGCUUUUCGGAUUAUCUUUUUGCACCAAACUUAGAGUAAUGAAGGGUGCAUAUGAUGUAAUACGUGUUGUUAUUAUUAUUUUAUUUUUUUGCUGAUAAAAUAAGAGCUAAUGAUGAGGUGGAUGUUUUAAUUUCUAAAAGUGGAAAAGAUAGCAAAUCCUUUGAUAUAAUACGUGUAUAUGUUUUGUGCUUUAUAGAACUAAGACCUAGAUUUUAAUCCUUAAGGGUUUGGGAAUAAUAUCAUACGCCAAACUAUGCUUAAUUAGAGGUCUAUAUAUCAUUUUCUUACUCAAUGUAUGUCGUACCAUUGAUUUUACCCAAGGUACGAUAGAACCACCCAUAUAUAUAUAUAGGUGACUACUUCGGUGCACCCACAAAAAUGAGUGCGUUCAAUGCACCCAAUUCAAAAACUAGUCUUAAGGUGUCGGAUUUUGAAUUUUAAUUUGUAGAAUUAGUGUAAUAUGAUGAUAUAACAUAUGAUAACAACUAAUUAGCGGAUUACCCUAAGCUAUAGACCUCCAAUUUUGAGUUAUAUCCCUAAAUCCCAAAUUAUAAACCCUAACCCUAACCCCAAAUCUCUAAACUAUAAAUCCUUCAAAUUAAAGUAAAUCUUUAAUG